AUGCAUUGGUGGUGUACCCUUGACCAAUUUAAAGCUUUCCACAAUAUUGAUAUCAAGAUAUAUAAACGGUUAGUGAUUGACCUGCGUUUAGACCCUAACCAAUCCAAGAAAGUUGUAGCCUUUUGGAAUUGUCUUGAAAGAAUAGGCUAUGCCAACUUUGUCAGUGUGAUCCAACCUUUACCAGAUGAAUUGCUCCGUGCAUUAGCCAACGAGACAAUCACGUGCCUGAUCUUGUUGGACCAAGGGUGUCAAUUUUAUGACGUCGAUAAAGAUUUGCCGAUAAUGCUUAGUCUUACUAAGCCAGCUUUUUCUUUUUGGUUUUUCUAUCAGAAUAGGCAAAAGGUGAUAAGCAAGAUUAAUGCAUUCGUCACGAAUGUGUGUGAUGUAGCGUUUAGCGAUAUAGUUCCUCCGCAACCAGUACAAUCUUUGCAGCUUCAAAUUGGAUUCAUUCAACCCCACCAGUUCUCGAAUAGGCAUGAAGGUUUCCCUUCAUAUACGGUUCUUGAAGCCCCUUCAGUUUCAGUCCCACCAAAUUCGACCAACUCGGUUCGACAAUUGUUACCACCAGCUACUAGUAGUGCUAGACCGUCUCCUAUAGUGCCUAGUUUUCACGCUAAAGAUAGAACUUUGUUCGUGACCUUCUCUAAGGGUCAUCAUGUUUCGAAAGGAGAACUUCAAGACUACAUUACAAGGAGAUUUGGGGACUGUAUAGAGUCCAUCUACAUGAAAGCUCAGCCAGAGAUGGGGCCGCCACAGUUUGCAAAUGUGUUCCUUCGCUCUUCUUCAGAUAUUGAGCGUAUUCUUGGAGGUAAAGAAACAGUUGAUUUCUUAGUUAAUGGAAAACAAGUUCGGGGGAGACUCUCUGGCACGAAAAAACAGUAG